AUGUUUUUAAAACGUGCAAAACAUCAUCAACGUUGGGUCUGUGUUUGUGGUCUGGAGAACGGAAUUGAUCAAGUUAAAAAUGAAUUAAAUGACACUUCGGAACCUCUUAUUCAUGAUACUUACGGAUAUGGAUCUCAAGGAUUGAUAAAUCUUAUGCUAACUGGUAAAGCUGUUGCUCAUGUUUGGGAUCAUGUGCAAGACAUCGGAGGACUUAAGCUUCGAGGCAUUGACCAACAAGCAGAUAUAGGUUUCAUAACCCUCAUGGAACAAAUGAGGUAUUGUACUGUUGGCUCAUUUUUCAAAAAUCCAAAAAAUCCUGUCUGGGUAAUGGGUUCAGAAACUCACUUAACAGUUCUGUUCAGUUUUGAGAAGUUACUGGUGUCUCCAGAGACAGCCAGUGAGUCUGCUCGCCGAGUUUUUAAACAGUUUGAUCCAGAAGGAAAUAACUUUAUUUCUAGUAUAUUAUUACAGGAUGUUUUAUGUGCUUUAAAUUUAGUUAGUGAUCCAGAAUAUGUUGAUAUAAUGCGUAAAAAGUUGGAUGCAGAGAACUUAGGUAUAAUAUUAUUGAAUGCGUUUAUGGAUGAAUUUUUUUCUGGUGAAAAGCGUUCUACUCCUGAUUGUUUCACUUUAUAUCACUAUAAUGGAUUGCCAAGAUCUAAUGCCAAUAACAAGGUGACAUAUCAACGAGGUAUGGCUGUUCUGCUAGAAUGUGAUUUGAAAAGUGUUUGCCCUUCAAAUACAAUGCUUACAUGUCUCCAAACAAAGUGGCCAAACAUUGAGAUUAAUUGGCUGGGUCGUAUUCCUUCACUAAAUUGACAUACGUCAAUCAUGUUUUAUGUCAAAAAAAACAAGUACUAGCAAUCAUACUCAUCUAUUUUUCUUUUACUUAUUUACGGAAGAAAUCAGGUG